AUGUCGCUUAAGAUUGAAGAUAUGGAGAAGUUUAUGAAAGGGCAAAUGGAGUAUUGGCGUCAAGUGGAUGAAUCCGAGGGCUUCGAUUUGGAAAGUGUCUCAGUACCACAAGGUACCACUGGCUUGUUACCGUUCGAUUGUGAACGUGUUAAGGAUCAUCAACCGCUUUUGGUCAGGCUUUAUGCUAGAUUGGGGCUUCAUCGAUACAACAUUUCCAAGGGGACUAAUUUUGUGUUUCGACACCUGAAGAAGUACAACCAGUCGAUGGCUUGCCUGUCCUCUUAUUACAUAACUUUGGUUGCUUGCGAUCCAGCUACCCCCACUUCGCUGGUCACGUUUCAGGUUGGAGUUGGUGAAAAAGCUUAUGGCAGAUUGUAUGUCAUGUGCUUUUGUGCUAGGCUUCAAGGUCCCCCAAAAAAGCCCUUCACAGCUCUUGACGUUGGAGCAGCGGUGGUGGAUGGUGGAGGACUGCCUCUUUGGCCGUCAGAUUUCAGUGAUAGGACUCGAUUUCACAUUCUGGAGGAAUCAGAGCUGCAAAACAAUGAUUGGGUUCGUCUAUAUCUGGAACUUGCACUUUGCGCAAAUGAUAGGGGGAUUUCGGAUGAUAGCGUUCUGUCCCAGUUGCAUAUUCUGAAAGUGGCAAUAGGACUUGCUGAAUACUGGGCGCAGCGCGUUACCAAACAUUCAACAUUUGUCUACAUAACUUUCAAGGGUUUGGCCAGAGCUCGGGUUGGUGAGCUUGGUGAACAUGUUGAACGCAAAGUUAUUGUUAGAAGAAUCAUCGAUAUGGAUAGUGGAUGCUUGACUCUCCAAGGUGGUUUUGGCUUUUCCAUCGGAGAAGAAGCUCAUGAGCAGCGUCCUAUGUCUCGCCCGGAAGGUGAAUGGCCGUUAACAGGGCCGCCUACUUGGCUUUCCGAGGAUGUUCCUCCAAUUCAGAAAAGUGAUCUUGAGGGAAUCCGCUUUCUCGACUGGAGCAAAUGA